CCCGCCUCUUGGGAUUCUUAGGAAGGGCGAAGGAGGAGGGGGUGAAAGUGAUAUACGCCCCUCUUCAAGUUCUCACUCAGGUCCGGUAAAGUGCUAUAUAAAUGUUGCUCUUGCGCCCGACUAUCAUAUUGUUCAGCGGUUCUUUCAGGGAGUAAUACCGGUUGCUUUUGUCAUGUCUGGUCGUGGGAAAGGCGGAAAAGGUCUUGGAAAAGGAGGCGCCAAGAGGCACCGGAAAGUGCUUCGCGAUAACAUCCAAGGCAUCACCAAGCCUGCUAUUCGCCGUCUGGCUCGCCGUGGAGGUGUAAAGCGUAUUUCAGGCUUGAUUUACGAAGAGACUCGCGGUGUACUGAAGGUCUUUUUGGAGAAUGUUAUUCGGGAUGCUGUGACCUACACCGAGCACGCGAAGAGAAAGACCGUAACUGCGAUGGAUGUUGUUUAUGCUUUGAAACGCCAAGGUCGUACUCUGUACGGUUUUGGUGGAUAAGUGCGUGAAUCCCAUAUUUAUCGAUCUAAAAAGGCCCUUAUCAGGGCCGCCCACGCAUUCAUAGAAAGAGCUGUAUUCGCUUAUGCAUACGAGUGUAAAUGUUGGAUGUGUUCGCUUGUGGGUGCAAAUUGAAUUUGUAGUACUGGAAGAACCGUAUUAGUCCCAUGAUGAGGGGGGGAAAAAAACCCAAAACCAAAAGUGGUCUUAGUCGGGAAACUCCUUCAGAGGAACAUUGUAAUCUCGGCAAUUGAUACAAGCUCUUUGAAAAGAAAGUGACAGCAUCUGAGAAUGUAAACUUUCAGUCCAUUCAUGUAUCGCUUUUGGAAAAUGAAAGUAGCUCUUUUAAAAAUUAGCCCGUUUCCAGGAAAUUAACAAAAAUCAAGACCUUCCUCCUGCAACUCUUGAAGAGAAACGCGAAUGGCUCAAUUCCCCUGCCCCCGCUGCCUCCAGCUGUUUAAAACAGGCUGGUUCUCAUUUCAUGCCAUCUUUCCCCCUUA